UUGAAAGAGAAUUUUUCUCUAGAACUUGUUUUAGACACCAUCAUCAAUCUUUUGGCGUGGUUGCAGGACUUUCGCUGGCGUCCAUGCUUUGCUGUACUGAAGGCAAACUUGUUGUUUGUGUUUGACAAGCAAGAUGACCCUGAACCUCCUUUCCUUAUCCUUAUCAUCGAGGAUUGUUUCGUCGAGCUCUGUGAUGAAAAUAAGCUCGGAAGAGACUUUACCUUUGAGAUAAAGUACAAAACUACUGGAAGAAGUUUCGUCUUUGCAGCUGAAGAUUUUAAAGCGUUAGAACGAUGGGUUUCUUUGUUGACCAUAACACCAAUUGACUAUAUCUGGUGUGUCUACGAAAACAACAAGGACUACAGCAAAAUGCCGGCAUAUCACUCAAAAAUCGACGCUGAAAUGGUGGUCGCUAAUAUGGCUCUUCUACCGCUACGGUCAAACUUCAAAGGACCUGCACCUCGUAUGUAUUACAAAAGUAUUAAGGGAUUUGCAGUACUGUCUAAGAACAAGGGAAACGAAUGUGAAUUUAUAAUUCAAGCGUUCACUAAAAUUCAGUUCUUGGUAGUGAAGUACUUGACAUUUGCAGGAACUGACGCCGAAGUUGAUAUCAUCGAUGAAGCACUAAUGUACUUCAAACCAAAUAUUUUUUUCCGAGAAUUCGAAAUCAAAGGUCCAUCUGAUAGGACAUUGAUAUAUCUGACUCUUUAUAUAACGGAGUGCCUCCGCAAACUACAAAGGAGCCCCAACAAAGUUGCUGGACUAAAAGAUUUGGCCACUCUUGCACUCAGCCGUCAGCUACCGAUACCAGGGGAGGCGGAUUUUCCUUUGAAUAAUAUGUAUAAGAUACCUGCUAAUAAGCAAGAGGAGGAGACAAUGCGUGCCUAUCUGCAGCAGUUGAGACAGGAACUUGGAGUUCGCCUAUGCGACUUAGCGUUUCCUGAUCCUUCAACAAAGCCAAGCAAGGUAAUAGUCUUCUCCGUUGGCGCUUUUUAG